UAAGUAAUAAGGUAAAAGAUCGAUAUAGUGUCACCGCACAAAAGUUAACACAAGUGCAAAUUAUCUCGCAUUAAUCCUCGAAUGCGUAUGCGAAAAGUGAAAGUGCAAUCAAAUAAGAAAAGGUCAUGACACCAAUCAAUCAUUGUCACAAAUUGACUUGUCGUAUUCCGCUCACAGUUGUGAAGGGGUUGGUCUAAGCACGAGACCUGAUAUAUGUGAAGUUUACACACAAGAAGCAACUUGAAAAGUCUAUGCACAAGUCUUCCAUGUCCCAUUCUCGAUCUCUACUGGUCCACUCUUUGUUUAGCAUCAUAACCAUAGUUUUUUGAGUCACUAAGAGAGCAAAUAAAGAGCCCCCGACAAUGACAUGCAUUCAGCCACCAAUCCUAAGCAUCGUCCAUGAACCUUCUUUCGACCUCGUAGGAAGCUUACUAGGAAAGAUACAUAUAUAAAGGGGAACUUUGCCUUCAACAUAAAGGUACACCAUGUGAAUUCAGUCGAUUACCAUGGCUGCAAAUAAUCCUAGUGCAAACAUGUCUGAUGGGAGUUUUAGAUCACUGGACUCACCUGAUAGUGAUUUUUCCAACCAGCUAAUUAACUUUGAGCUUUCUGACAUUUUUGAGCUCGAUAAUUGGCCCGUUCAUGAUGAUCCAACGUUCGUUGUUUCUGGCCCUUCCCAGUACUCAGGAAAUGAAGUGGUUGUCACUGAGAGAAGCAGGAGUUACCAUGAAGGAUCUAGCAACAACAUUGGGAGCAGCAGGGAGAGGAAGGAAGUAAAGGACAAGGUUGCUUUCAAGACACUGUCACAGAUUGAAAUACUAGAUGAUGGCUAUAAGUGGAGAAAGUAUGGAAAGAAGAUGGUGAAAGAUAGUCCAAACCCAAGGAAUUACUAUAGGUGCUCCAUUGAAAGUUGUCCAGUGAAGAAGAGAGUUGAACGAGACAAAGAGGACUGUCGGUAUGUGAUAACCACCUAUGAGGGUGUCCACAACCAUCAAGGUCCUUCCCAGUUCUGAUUCCUGUAACAGAGCAUGAAUUUUGAAGUUACUAUGACUGUUGCAAAGUAGCUAAAUCAGGGUUUUACUAGUAAAUUCCUGUUUCCGGUGUUUAGACCUGACAUCUUGGCGAGUUCGUAACCUAUCACAGUGGGCUCAGAUGGAGACGUCUCUCUGUAACUUAUAAGUAAUCAAUUACAACAGUUUGUACUCGUCAGUUGGCAUGUAGUCUAAUCUUGCUUCCAACAGGAUUUAUAUAUGUUAUAGCAUUACCAACUGA